AUGCCGCAUUGGACUACUUUGGUCGCAGAGAAGAAACAGAGGCAGCUCAAGUCUAUUCCACAGGAAUGGCUUGUCACCCCGCCUCCACUUUCUACCUUAGAUGUGACUGGUUUUCCAGAGUCCUGUGGCCUUUUGAGUGCUCGAGAAAUUGAGAUCACCAAUACUUCGGUGGAUGUCUUAUUGAAGAGACUUGCAAGUGCAGAAUGGACAGCUGUAGACAUCACCACCGCGUUCUCCAAGAGGGCCAUUGUUGCCCAUCAGCUUGUCAAUUGCUUGACGGAAAUCUUUAUUGAUCGCGCAUUGGCCCGAGCGGCUGAACUUGAUGAUUACUUGAAGAAGACCGGGAAGGUUGUUGGUCCCCUUCACGGGCUGCCAAUCUCUCUAAAGGACCAACUAUGUAUCGAAGGACUAGAAACCACUAUGGGUUAUGUCUCGUGGAUUGGGCAGUAUGCAGAGAAAAAUGCAGUGUUGGUCGACGUUCUGAUCGAGUGCGGAGCCGUGCCAUUUGUCCGCACCAACAUUCCACAGGCACUUAUGUGGCCAGAAUCCUUCAACAGUGUCUUCGGUCGGACAACUAACCCACACAACGUCUCCCUGACCCCAGGUGGGUCGUCAGGAGGAGAGGGUGCAUUGAUUGCCCUCAAAGGAAGCCCAUUGGGAGUCGGUUCUGAUAUCGGAGGCUCUGUUCGUAUUCCCUCUGCAUUCUGCGGCAUAUACGGCCUGAGGCCGUCAUACGGGCGUGUACCGUACUGCGGUGCCCGCAACUCACUUGAGGGCCAAGACUCGAUUCUCUCCGUAUUCGGUCCUAUGACAAACAGUCUAUCCGGACUCAAAGUCUUCAUGAAAGCUGUCGUUGACUCCAAACCAUGGCUCAAGGACCCUCUUGCGGUUCGAAAGAAAUGGGAUGAAGACGAGUACGAACUCGCGGACCAUGGAUCUGGCAAGGAUUUGUGUUUUGCGAUCAUGUGGGAUGACGGCGUUGUUGUUCCCCACCCACCUAUCAGGAGGUCUCUGGAAAUGACCAAAGCGGCUCUCCAGAAGGCUGGGCACAAAGGUUUUUCUCGUCUGUUCCCCUACCGAGUUGUACUCAUUGAGUGGGCAGUUGUUGACUGGAAACCCAUCCAACACAAAUUGCUUGGAGAAAUUGCGUGGGACAUCUGGAACGCCGGUUCCGCCGAGGACUUUUUGAUCACAACCUCUGUGACAGGUGGUAUCACUGCAUAUCAGCUCUGGCAAGUGCAGAAACUGCGUCAGAAUAUCCGGAAAGAAUAUAUGGACCACUGGAACGCAACUGCCUCUGAGACCGGCACAGGGCGGGCUGUCGAUGCUAUCAUUUGUCCAGCCGCACCGUUUGCUGCACCACCCCAUGGGAAGAAUAGGUACACCAACUAUACUACCGUUUGGAAUGUGCUCGACUAUCCCGCUACGGUCUUUCCUGUGACUACUGUCGACCCCACUCUCGAUGCUCGCGAUGAGAAGGACCUUCCUCAUAGAUUCUAUGACCAGUUCGAUCAGGACAUUUACGAAAUGUAUGACCCAGAGAAAUUCAAGAACGCUCCUGUUUGUUUGCAACUUGUCGGUCGGACUCUGGAGGAAGAGGCAGUUAUAAAAAUGACAGAAAUUGUGGAUGCGGCGCUGGCGGCGGCCAAAUAA